GUCACGUCUUCUGUCAGGGAAAAAUAAAAACAUGGUUUCUAUGCCUAUUUUAGUAUAUACCACAAUACAUUUUUUCACAGCGUGGUUGGACUGAAAUACAAUAACAUUGUCGUGGUUAUUUGAAAUAGCAAAUAGGGUAUCCCGCACGGACCGCGAUAGGACACGUUCGCCUAACAAAUACUUUUGCGUUUUCCAUGAACAACAUGGUCGGAUGGGUGCUGGCGAGCGCUGUUUUAUAGCACCGAUUUCGUUUUCUUUUUAUUAUGAAAUUUACGUAGUGACACGGAGGCUGUACUUCUUUCCUUUUGAACGGAGUUGCCGAGUUAACAACGGAAAUGAAGAAGAGCGCGUGCGGCGUCAUCUUGGCUCUUUGGAUAAUUGUGGAGUGCAUCGAUGCUAAGAAGUACUGCUGGUAUUUUGAGGGAGGCUACCCCAUCUAUUUUAUAUGCCGGUCGUAUGAGGACUGCUGUGGAACGCGGUGCUGUGUCAGGGCCCUCUCUGUCCAGAGACUAUGGUACUUCUGGCUCCUGUUGAUGGUGGGGGUGCUGUUCUGCUGUGGGGCGGGUUUCUUCAUCAGGAGACGCAUGUACCCCUCCCCCCUCAGCGAGGAGCCCGCCUUCAACGUCUCCUUCACCCGCCAUCCAGGCGCCACACCAGGGGUGCAGCUGCCAGCCGCGCUGCACUACAGGGAUGUUGAAGGAAUGAGGGCACCGCUGGCCCCCGCGUACCCAGGGCAGCCGAACGCGGGCGACCUCAUGACCCACUACCCGCCCCCGCCGUCCUACUGCAGCCACCCCCCUCCGCCUUACGAGCAGGUGCUCCGCGACUCCGAGAAGAAGUAGCGGCGUCCGGAGAGGCCGCGGCCUUGACCUUUGACCCUCGACCCGCCCCGCCUCUCCCUCGCUCUCUGCUUCUCUCUCUCGCUUUCCCCGUCGAUGACACGCGGAAGGUCCCACACGGGUGUGCCGUCAGGGACAGGGGUCACAUGACCUAUUGAAGAGCCUCAGCCUGCCACUCAUUGGCUGGUACACCAAGGGGGGGGCGGGGGUCGGGGGGCGUGUACACAUAAUAGUUUACUGCCAUGCUAAAAGCCUGAUAUGAACCAGACACACUGUGUUGCGGUUUUUUAGCGUGACCAAGUUCAGUUUGUUGUUACAGACGGUUACACAGUCAAGAGCAAGAACGUCACUAAAGCGAACUGAGAGAGGUCGUGCCUAUAUUAUUCAGCCAGUAUACACACUGUAUUUCUUACAGCCAAUUCUGUUAUUUACAUGAACAUACUACAUUUAUUUAACAGGAUCAUUAAUAAUAACAAUAAUAAUUUAUCUUUUAAAUAAGGCUACAGUAAAUAUGGAUUUAGAUAGCUAGAUACAGGACUGUUCUAUGCACACACCCGCCUAAAUGAGUGAAUGGAGUGUAAUCCAUUGUCAAAUGUAUGGGUACUUUACCUGCAUAGCCACCACACUCUCCUUGUUAAAGGUACAAUAGGUAAGAUGUUUGUGUUAAAACAUUGUUACAAGACCAUUGUAAAAAUCCCUUCCCAUCAUUGAAAAGGGUUGACUCACCCCCUGCCUGCGUUUAUAGUCCUUAAAUUCGGGUUUCAAAAUAUACAGUUGACGGCCUGACAGUCUGUACCAAAGCAUUGUACAAUUGGUUGAAAAUUUGUUCUAACUGCCACAGUCAAUGGCGUUUCAACGUCAGCGCGUUCACAGAGAAGGGGACGGGAUAAACAGUGCUGUGGUUUGAAGGUGUUUGUUGCUGCUCUUCCUCUCUUGGCCGUUAGAAGUCUGAAAUGACUUAUUGUACCUUUAAAGCUGACCCUCUCUCCCACUGUAAGUCACACAGAGUUUCAGGGGAUCUGCAGCAGUGGCCUUGGUCAUCAAACAGAGUUAGGAAUGCAGGUAUUCAUUAUGCUCAAAGCCGGGUACACAGUUAUAUCACCACGGCCUGCCCGGACUGCACCCACCAUCCCAUAAGCAUCGUUAUGGAAACCAGUCAGCCGCGUCUGCUGGACUCCACACCAGGCCGCAGUGUGCGUGCACUACGCAACCCGAUUUCACUCCUUAUUUUACCUCCGUCUUAGCUCCUCCAUUUUACCUCCAUCUUAGCUCCUUCAUUUUACCUCCAUCUUAGCUCCUCCAUUUUACCUCCAUCUUAGCUCAGUGGGUAAAUCCGGUGGUGUAGUGCACGGUUGGUGCACACACCGG